CCCCCCUCUCUCCCCUCAUCCACCCUAAUCCCAUCUAAUACCUUCCUUUCCAUUGGCCAAUGGCUGAGGGGAGCCUGGGUAAAGGCGUCUUAAAUAGUCCAGGAUGAGAAUGGUUUCAGGGAAGGAGAUCCAUGAAACUACAGGAAAAGAGCUGUUGGGUGAGGAUUUAUAAAGGCCUAAAUUGGACUAAAGGUUCUGGAUUGACUGACUUCUGCUUGGAGAAACUCCCCUGAUCUGCACACAGUCUGGAUCUCAGAUUCGUGAUGAACUCCCUGAGUUUCUACGGGACCCCGGGUGGCGUGUAUCCUGUCCAUGGUCUGAACUCCGUGCUAUUCGACCUCCGCCACCAGAUGGCGCAGCAGUACCAGGGUUUCUCUGCAGCUACAGCCCCGGCAGCGCACACCUUCUCUGUGGCUGAGAGGCUCGCAGAGCUGAUCCUGGAGGCUCGCUUUGGGAACCAGCAGAAGCAGCGACGCAGCCGCACUGCGUUCACAGUGUCACAGCUGCAAGCUCUGGAAAAGGCCUUCCAGCAGACACAGUACCCAGAUGUCUGCAUGAGGGAGAGGCUGGCCAUGUGCAUCAACCUGCCUGAGCCUCGUAUUCAGGUGUGGUUCAAAAACAGAAGGGCAAAGUUUCGUAAAGGUCAGAGAAGCUCCUCUCUUCCUAGAGAUCUCUGUCUGGAUGAAGCUCUGCAGAACAGUAGGAUGGGACUGGAGGAAGUGAAGACAGCAGACAAACAGGAUCUCAUCGUAUCACACACCGAAAGCCAAGUCUCUUCACAUUUCUGUCCUCUUUUCACUCCCUGUGUGGAUAAAAACAACAAUUUUAACUCUGAUGUGUUACGGUUUAUCCCCUCCCCUUCACGUUUCUCCUUCGUGGCUGCAGAGUGUUUCUGCCACCCACCUCAGCAGCCGCUACUGUCCACAGAGCUUCCACUUCCUCCAUUGUUCUGGCCACUCAUACAACAGCACAUCUCCCCCUCAGGGGAUCCUUUAUCUGCUACCAAAGAUGGUAGUCUCUCUCUUCAGACUACGGACUAGGCUCCAGUGAAGUGGUGGGUCACCCUGACCCGGGCCUGUAACUGACUUCAAUGCGUUACAUUCAGUCCUGGAGUCUGAAACAGAAGUAUUCAUGCCCCUUGAACUUUUUUGAACUUGUUCACAUUACAACUGAAAACCUGUGAAUAGAGGGACAAUUAUACAUGGUUUUCACUUUUUUUUUUAGAAAUAAAAAUAUGCAAAGUGUGAUAUUCAAUUGUGUUCAGCUCCCCAUGGUACAGAUUUGUAGAACCACCUUUUGCUGCAAUGACAACUGCAGGUCUUUUGGGGUAUGUGUCUACCAGUUUUACAUCUAGAGUCUGAAAUCUUUGCCUAUUCUUUUCUCAAAACAGCUCAAGCUCAGUCAGAUUGGAUGGAGAGCAUCUGCUAACAUCAAUUUUCAAAUCUUGCAACAGAUUUUCUAUUGGAUUUAAGUCUGGACUUUGGCUGGGACACUGUAGCACAUGAAUAUACUUAAACUUAAAUUAUUCCACUGUAGCUCUGGCUUUGUGUUUCCUGUCGCUGUAAUGCUGGAAGGUGAACCUUCACCCCAGUUUCAAAUUCUUUGCAGCCUCUAACAGUUUUUCCUGCAGGAUUGCCCUGUAUUUAGCUCCAUCCAUUUUCGUAUCGAUUUUGACCAGCUUCCCUGUCCCAGAUGAAGAAAAGCAUCCCCUCAGCAUGAUGCUGCCACCACCAACUAGCUAAAAUCAGCAUGGUGUUUUCAGGGGGAAACUGCCACACAAAGCGUGACAACAAGUGAAAUAGAUAAAGGCUUGCAAAUUGCUGUACAAACAGCCUGUGCAAAUAAUAAACAUUUUUACACAGUU